UGGUAAACACAUCGGGAGCGCGUGCCGGGCGCCAGCGCUGCGCAGAGCGCGCGGAGGGGGCGCGAAGGUGACCGCGGAACCCAGCUUCCUGCAGCCGGCCCUGAAGGAUGGCUGCCAUUUUGGGGGAUGCCAUCAUGGUGGUCAAAGGCCUCGCCAAGCUAACGCAGGCGGCCGUGGAGACCUAUCUGCAGCACCUGGGCCUCGGCGGGGAGCUCAUCCUGGCGGCCAGGGCCCUGCAGUCCACGGCCGAGGAACAGAUCGGCGUGGUCUUCGGCAGUGUGCAGGGUCAGGAUAAGCAUGAAGACCCUUACGCCACGGAGAGCUUCGAGGACCUGGAAGUGGAGUUCUCUGCAGCCUCCUCCCCCGACCAGCCGUCGCCUCCGCCCUGGGAUCAGGGCAGCAGCGAGGGCCCGGCUCCUGCCUACGCCGCCAGUGGUCCCUUCAGAGAAGGCAGCCUCCCGGGCCAGGCCGCCGCCUCUCUGGGCAGGGUCAACGGGAGGCUCUUUGCAGACCCGAGAGACCCGUUCUUUGCCACGGGCCUUCAGCGAAGGUUCCUGCACCAGGACCAGUCCCCCAUGGGCGGCCUCACGGCUGAAGACAUUGAGAAGGCCCGACAGGCCAAGGCUCGCCCCGAGAACAAGCCCCACAAGCAGAUGCUCAGUGAGCGGGCUCGGGAGCGGAAGGUGCCAGUUACGCGGAUUGGGCGGCUGGCCAACUUUGGAGGUCUGGCCGUGGGUCUGGGCUUUGGGGCGCUGGCCGAGGUCGCCAAGAAGAGCCUGCGGUCCGAGGACCCCUCAGGGAAGAAGGCCGUGCUGGACUCCAGCCCCUUCCUGUCGGAGGCCAACGCGGAGCGCAUCGUGAACACGCUGUGCAAGGUGCGCGGCGCGGCGCUCAAGCUGGGCCAGAUGCUGAGCAUCCAGGAUGACGCUUUCAUCAACCCCCAUCUGGCCAAGAUCUUCGAGCGGGUGAGGCAGAGCGCUGACUUCAUGCCGCUGAAGCAGAUGACGAAAACUCUCAACAAUGAUCUGGGCCCCAACUGGCGGGACAAGCUGGAGUACUUCGAGGAGCGGCCCUUCGCGGCCGCCUCCAUCGGGCAGGUGCACCUGGCCCGCAUGAAGGGCGGCCGCGAGGUGGCCAUGAAGAUCCAGUACCCUGGCGUGGCCCAGAGCAUCAACAGUGACGUCAAUAACCUCAUGGCCGUGCUGAACAUGAGCAACAUGCUUCCGGAAGGCCUGUUCCCCGAGCACCUGAUUGACGUGCUGAGGCGGGAGCUGGCCCUGGAGUGCGACUACCAGCGAGAGGCCGCCUGCGCCCGGAGGUUCAGGGAGCUGCUGAAGGACCACCCCUUCUUCUACGUGCCUGAGAUUGUGGACGAGCUGUGCAGCCCCCACGUGCUGACCACAGAGCUGGUGUCCGGCUUUCCCCUGGACCAGGCGGAGGGGCUGAGCCAGGAGGUCCGGAACGAGAUCUGCUACAACAUCCUGGUCCUGUGCCUGAGGGAGCUGUUCGAGUUCCACUUCAUGCAGACGGACCCCAACUGGUCCAACUUCUUCUACGACCCUCAGCAGCACAAGGUGGCUCUUCUGGACUUUGGGGCAACUCGGGAAUACGACAGGUCCUUCACUGACCUCUACAUUCAGAUCAUCAGGGCCGCCGCCGACCGGGACCGGGAGGCUGUGCGGGAGAAGUCCAUCGAGAUGAAGUUCCUCACCGGCUACGAGGUCAAGGCCAUGGAGGAUGCCCACCUGGAUGCCAUCCUCAUCCUGGGGGAGGCCUUUGCCUCUGAGGAGCCUUUUGACUUCGGCACCCAGAGCACCACCGAGAAGAUCCACAACCUGAUUCCCAUCAUGCUGAAGCACCGGCUCAUCCCGCCCCCCGAGGAGACCUACUCGCUGCACAGGAAGAUGGGGGGCUCCUUCCUCAUCUGCUCCAAGCUGAAGGCCCGGUUCCCCUGUAAGGCCAUGUUCGAGGAGGCCUACAGCAACUACUGCAGGAGGCAGGCCGGGCAGCAGUAGCCGGCCGGCGCUCGUGGGGCCUCUCCGCCUCGUGCGGCUGGAACUGGCAGGAGGCUGGUGGUGGUGACGCCCGUGUAGACGCCUCUUCCCAGUGAGAGGGCGGCUGGCUCCGAGGGGGGGGGACGUCGCGUGGAGCCGCGGGGCCAGCGCUCCUACCCGGUGUUUAUCGCUAAGGGGUGCGGGUGAGAGGCAAGUGGGAAAGUGAAACCCCGGCUCUGUCCAAAUCUGCUUGUUGUUCUGCAGCCUCUGAAGCAACUCUAGAUACAGAGAAAAAGGCACUUGUACUGCUGUUUCCUUUUUGUAACGGGUUUUUCCUAAUGCGGGCGUGAACCAGACGAUGAGGGUAUCCCUUCCAAUCCCUGCCACCAAAACCCACGGAGGAGCCUUUUGGAUUUUACGGAGGGUGUAGUGUAAGGGUUGGUGUGUAUGUGUGUUUCUAGAACGAGACUGUGUUUCUGCCCAUUUCCUCUCCAGCCCGCGGUCUGGAGCUGGGGGAGUGCGCACACGCCUGCGCUCUGGCCGGUUCUGGUUCGCAUCCUUUCUCGACAACCGGAAGUUUCCAGAGAACUGCCUCCUGUGGGCAGGGCCAGGAGCAGCAGAAGGGGAGAGAGGGGCGCAGCUCUCGUCUCCGCUGGAAGAGGGGGUGUGUGUGGGGACCCUCCUUCCCCCUCCAGCCCAGGGGCCUGCCUGCAAGGAGAUGAAUGUGCCGGCGUCACCUGGGUAGACCCGAGGGGUCAUCACAGGCUCUAUUUUUGUACGAUUCUUGUAAUUGUCUGAUUUACUUGUUUCAAUAAAAAAAAUGC